UAAUAAGUUUUUCUGCAUAAAUAACAGCUUAAUAAUAUUAUUUAAUAUAUAAAUUAAAUUUAAUAUGUAUAUAUAAAUAUAUACAUAUACAUAGAUAUUUGUGAAGAUUUAGCUUUUUUCAAGAUAAACAUACAUAAUAUUAUAUAUACAUAUACUAAUACAUAAGAAUUCUUAUUGAAAUAAAAUCAUACUGGCUGCACCUGGUAAUACUGCACCGCCCGUGCUUUGGCGCGCGCGUAAAAGAGUUGACUACACAGCUAUUCCCAGUUCAGAACUAAUGCAGUUAUGCAACAGUGCAUCAUGUAGCCACAAAUUAUCAUGUCGUUGCAAUUUCAGAAGGCGAUGGCAAGGAUUACAUUUGCGUAGCAUAGAGGAACCACAGACAAGUCAACAUAAUUCUCAUAAUCAACAACAAUCGCAAACAUUAUUACAGUCUCAAUUACAAAAUCAACAACAGUGCAAUCUAAUAGGAUUGCAUACCCAGAAUAACAAUACCAGAAUGCCUUCAGAGCAGGGGGGCACGGGAUCGGGAUUUGAUAAUAUUGGAUCUCGUUCUAGUGUCCCCCUGCAAUUACAAAUGCUUCCAUCUUCUCAACAACGUUAUGAUGCCGAGUAUGCCAAUAUGGAAGCAUGGAUGGAUGAAAAUCAAGAAUUCGUACAAGACUAUUUUUUAAGAAAAGCUACACGUCAAUUGGUAGACGCAUGGUUGGUAUCACAUGCAACAUCUGCUGGUAACGAUGUUGUAGGUUCACCAACACAAAAUAACGGACAACAAAAUUGUUCGUCACGCAGCGGUUCCGGUGCAACAACACCUGUAAGAAAAAUAUCAGCGCAUGAAUUUGAACGUGGUGGAUUAGUUAAACCAAUUGUUAAUACAAUUGAUGGCACACCAACAUUUUUAAGUAUAGGCUUUCCUCAUAAUAAUAAUCCUCAUACCUAUCAUCAUAGUAGUAGUGCUAGCAAUAGUUAUCAUUACCCGAAUGAUUGUGCAACAAAUCAAAGUUAUAGCACAAGCACUAGUAGUAAUAGUAGUAUUAAUUCUGGUUACAUAAAAAAUAGUUGUAAUAAUACAAAUUGCAAUCAUCACAUUAUAUCGGGUGCUUCAAAUAGACCACAGAGGCUUUCCAGAAAUGAAUUAAAGCAUUUGGAUGAAAAAGAAUUAAUAUUUGAGCUGGUUAAGGAUAUUUGCGAUGAAUUAGAUAUUCGAUCAUUGUGUCAUAAAAUUUUACAAAAUGUUUCAAUUCUUUUAAAUGCUGAUCGGGGUUCAUUAUUUCUUGUUCAAAGUAAAUGUGAUAGAAUUAAAGGCAUUUCAAAAAAAUGCUUGGUUUCAAAAUUAUUCGAUGUGUGUCCGAAAAGUACAGUAGAAGAAAUGGAAAAUCAGAAUGAAGUUCGUGUAAAUUGGGGCACCGGUAUAGCUGGUCAUGUAGCUGAAAGUGGUGAACCAGUUAAUAUUCCAGAUGCCUAUAAGGAUUACAGGUUUAACAGAGAAAUCGAUAGCCAAACGGGUUAUCGAACAAAAGCUUUAUUAUGUAUGCCAAUUAAAGAUUCUACUGGUGAUGUUAUAGGAGUUGCUCAAGUUAUGAACAAAUUGGAAGGUGAAUCUUUUACAGAGAAUGAUGAAAAGAUUUUUGCUUCAUAUUUACAAUUUUGUGGCAUCGGUUUACGUAACGCUCAACUAUAUGAGAAAUCUCAAUUAGAAAUAAAAAGAAAUCAAGUUUUAUUAGAUUUAGCGCGUAUGAUAUUUGAAGAACAAAGCACUAUCGAGCACAUGGUAUUACGUAUCCUAACUCAUAUGCAAAGUUUAAUACAAUGCCAAAGAGUUCAAAUUUUGCUGGUGCAUCAAGCAUCGAAAGGAAGUUUUUCACGGGUAUUUGAUUUUGAAGCUAAUGAUCUAAGUGAAGAUGAUACUAAAUCAAGAACAAGUCCCUUUGAAUCAAGAUUUCCUAUUAAUAUCGGCAUUACAGGGCACGUGGCUACAACUGGUGAGACUGUUAACAUACCAAAUGCUUAUGAAGACAGCCGUUUUGAUCCCAGUGUUGAUGAAAAUUUAACAUUUAAACACAAAUCUAUUUUAUGUAUGGCUAUAAAAAACUCAUUAGGACAAAUAAUAGGUGUAAUUCAAUUAAUUAAUAAAUUUGAUGAUUUGUGCUUUACAAAAAAUGAUGAAAAUUUCGUUGAAGCAUUCGCCAUAUUUUGUGGUAUGGGUAUUCAUAAUACUCAUAUGUAUGAAAAAGCGAUAAUUGCUAUGGCCAAACAGAGUGUAACAUUAGAAGUGCUUAGUUAUCAUGCAUCUGCUUCAAUUGAUGAUGCUCAAAGAUUAGGAAAAUUGAGAAUUCCUUCAUCUGCUCAUUUUCAAUUACAUGAUUUUAAAUUUGAUGAUUUAUAUCUGAGUGAUGAUGAUACGCUUAAGGCAUGUUUGCGCAUGUUUCUAGAUUUAGAUUUUAUUGAAAGAUUUCAUAUAGAAUACGAAGUACUAUGCCGAUGGUUACUAAGUGUUAAAAAAAAUUAUAGAAAUGUAACUUAUCACAAUUGGCGACACGCUUUUAAUGUUGCUCAAAUGAUGUUUUCUAUUUUAACGGCUACACAAUGGUGGAAAAUUUUUGGAGAAAUAGAGUGCCUUGCUUUAAUAAUUGGCUGUUUGUGUCACGACUUAGAUCAUCGGGGGACCAAUAACUCAUUUCAAAUUAAAGCAUCCUCACCAUUGGCCCGAUUAUAUUCAACUUCAACUAUGGAGCAUCAUCAUUUUGAUCAGUGUUUGAUGAUACUAAAUAGCCCUGGUAACCAAAUUUUAUCGAAUUUAUCAUCAGAAGAUUAUAGUCGUGUGAUAUAUGUUCUUGAGGAUGCCAUCCUGUCGACUGAUUUAGCAGUAUAUUUUAGGAAACGUGGACCAUUUUUAAACUAUGUUGCAGAGAAACCUGUUAGCUACUGGUACGAUGAUGAACCUCGGGCUCUUUUAAGAGCAAUGAGUAUGACUGUAUGUGAUCUAUCAGCUAUCACAAAGCCAUGGGAAAUCGAAAAAAGAAUAGCUGAUUUAGUUACGUCAGAAUUUUUCGAACAGGGUGAUAUGGAGAAGGAAAAACUAAAUAUUACACCAAUUGAUAUAAUGAACAGAGAAAAAGAAGAUCAACUACCUAUGAUGCAAGUUGGUUUUAUAGAAUCAAUAUGUAUUCCAUUAUAUGAUGCCUUUGCAAAACUAUCAGACAAACUUGAACCGUUGGUGGAAGGAGUGCGAGUCAACCGAAAACAUUGGCUAGAAUUAGCUGAAAAAGUACAAAAAGCUAAUAAAAAUGAAGGUACCCAGAGCUAUGAUGAUCAUAAUGAUGACGAUUAUGACGAAAAAGAUGAAGACGAAGGCUCUGACAACACUAUGGAUAGUGAUAAUGCAACAUUACAGAAACAAUAUUCAAAUAAUGAAACUAAAUCACAAAAUACAGAAAGCAUUAAUUCAACACAAACAACAAAUGACCGAAUGCAAUUUUGUCCAGAAAUUUUAAAUUCCAGAAAAUCAAUGGAAAAAUUGAAUAAUCGUAAAAAUGUGCAGAAUGCGACAAAUUCUCGAAAUGUUUCAUUUUUAGCGCCAACAAAUCUACUUAUACCACGCAGUGAUAAUGUGUCACAAAAAAAUCAUCAACGUCAAAUUCUUAACCGAUAUAAUAUCAGUGAACACAAACAUCCUAAAAAUUCUGAAAAAGAUUUAUACAUUUAUAAAAAUUGUAACUUUUCUUUACCAGAUACAAGAUAUAAUGGAAAAUUCAAUAACAAUUCUAAAAAUAAUAAAUAUAUAAUUAAACAGCAUUAUAGAUCUUCUUCUCCAGAAAUAUCAACUGAUAAUUUUACAAAUGGCAAUAUAAUAACAGAUAGCGACAAGAUACCAAAAAUCGUUGGACAAUUAAAUAAUACAGACUCUGAAUCUUUAUAUAAUAAAUUAAACAAUAAUGUUAUACAAAAUAAUGGAAGUUGUGACAACAUCGUAAAUUCAAUUAUAGAUUCAUCGUUAAUUAAUGGUAAUCAAUAUUCAAAUGCGCAUACUUUUUUUAAUAAAUAGAACAAUAAAAACAAAUUAAAGAAUAAGAUUAAUAAAAAAUCAAGAUAAAACGCACUUUUAGAUAAAUUUUCAUAACUGUAGAUCUAUUGCCAAACAAUAUUUAAUUGCAAAUUAUUCUAUUGCAAAAUCAAUAAAGUAAAAUGAAAAAGCUAAGUGAUUGUAAUUGGGAAUUACAACUUGAACAUAAUAAAAGUCUGGAAAGAAAUAUUCAUCAACUAUAACAUUUUCCAAUCUUUUGUACUAGAUAAACUGAGUCAAAGUAAAAUUUAGUUGUAAAUUAUCAUAUUCUUAAUGUAAUGAAGAUUUUUAUAACUGUAAUUUUGUAUGUAAUUGUAAUGUAAAUAUAAAAAUUAAAAUAAAUAAGAAUAUUUUCAUAAUUUGUAAACUCUACUAAUCGCCA